AACAGCAGCAGCAGCAGCAGAAUGGCCACAUUCACCACGGUGGCCAUGGUCACGGCCAUCACGGAUCGUCACACCACGGCCAUGGUGGUGGUAGUCAUGCAGCGGCCAGCAGCAGCAGCAGCAGUGGCUAUCAUACUGGUGGCAGUGGCAGCAACAAACAGCAGACGAUCACGAUCCACGAUACACCGUCGCCGACGGCGGUCAUAACGAUUUCGGACAGCGAAGAUGAGACGCCGGAAGUGAAACACGGCACGUCGUCGACGAAGGCAGCGCACCAAUCGUCGACGAGCUGCCACCGUAACGGCCAAUCGUCCUCGUGUCGUGGUGCCGGCAACGGUGGAUGCGGCGUUAAGACGUCCUCCUCCUCGUCCAGCCUUGCCCACAACGGCUCAUCGGGCAGUGGCGGACACCAACAUCAGCAGCAUCAGCAGCAUCAGCAGCAACAGCACCAGCAGCAACAGCAACAACAGCAACAGUACCAUCUGCAACCUCCGGCUCACCAGCAUAUGAGCGUGAUUAGUAACACGGCACACAGUGGAGCUCCCUGCGGUGGUUCCACCGGGAGCAGUAGCCGCCAGCGUAAGUCGACGGCUGUCUCGUCCUCGGCGGCUACGACGGCUUGUGUCACGGUCGGUGAUAGCGAUGGCGAGAGCGAACGGCGCAGUCCCAAACAUCAGCCGAUCAAGUACGAACAGCAUGCGGGACAGUCGCAGAAGAAGCGCCUGCUGGCGAUGGCCCAGAACGAGUGUCUGCUGCUUCCGUCGUCGUCCUCCGGACAACCGCUGCACGUACCGAAGCAGGAACCGAGUGAAUUCGUCCCGUACGAAUAUCCUUUGCAGCAGCAGCAACAGCAACAGCAACAUCAACAGCAGCAGCAGCAGCAACAGCAAAUCGAUAAGCGAUCGUCUUGGGCCCCUCCAACGAUGGGUUCUUCGUCGUCCUCGUCGCACUACGGACACAAGCGUGAAUCGUCCUCCUCGUACAUGCCUUCGUCGUCGUCGUCCUCGUCCGCGGCGGCAGCGGCAGCGGCGGCCGCAGCAGCAGCAGCUGCCGCCGUUGGCGGAGGCAGUUGCCAUGGUGGUUCGAUUGGACACGCUCCACCGCCGCCGCCCCAUGCCCAUGCUAAGAGCACCCCGACCGGUGCCACUUCCUGGGGUGCUCCGACACCGGUCGUCUACCGUCAGCACCAGCCGAGCGCCAACACUCCGCUCGGUAGCUCGCCGGGCGCCAUUCUGCAGCAGCACCAUCAUCAGCAGCAGCAACAGCAGCAACAGGACAUCUACGCCCAGGGUGACAUGUACCGUCGAUCGGCGGUCUUCGUGUCGCAGGCUGCGGCCCCCUAUCAGACCGCGUACAAUCGCGUCGUACCGCCGCCGGCGCACAACGCUUCGAGCCGCCAGGUACGCAAGACUCCACUGAGCACCAGCUCGCCGUACGCGAUGAAGGACACGGUCACCGAGCGGUUCCCGUCGUUCCCGCUGCAGGUUCUGCCCACGCACCCGCUGCCGGCGCACAUCCAGUUCCCAACGGCACAGUACGGCCAGUUCGGACCGCUCAGUCCGGCUCAGAUUGCCAACAAACACCACUACGCUUGGUUUGGCGAGUAAAGUGCUCCACGGCUGUUUGGACGGUGUUUUGCGGGGAUCUCGACGCUUGAUUGGGGUGAUCGUGAUCCUCAUCCCUACACGAUUUGGAGAGGGUGAUCAGCACCCUGUUUUUUUUAUACUUUUGUUAGCGUCAUUUAUAUCGGUUAGGGAAGCUUCACCGCACGGUCCCGCGCACCUCAUGAACCAUUGUAGCAAAUGGUGUGUAGCAUCAUAAUUAGCGU